AUGUCCACCGAAAAGACCAGCCAUGCUGAGGCCGAGAGCUUCAGGAAGCUCGCCGUUUUCGGCAUUGCCUUGAGCACUGCCGCUACCCUUACGGCGAUCAUUGUGAUCCCGGCCCUUUACAACUACAUGCAGCACGUCCAGUCCUCUCUCCAGGACGAUGUUGACUUCUGCGUCCACCGUGCUGACAGCCUCUGGGGCGAAUAUGCCAAAUUCGAGGCUGGACACGGAGCCCAGGGUCGUCUGAAGCGUGAGGCCGUCCACCGCAGCUCAGGCCGCAGCAGCUUCCGUCGCCGCGCCGUUGCCCGUGGAGCCGCUUCUUACAGCGAUGGCGGAUACGGUGGCCCGACUGAUGCUGCUAUCUCUUCCGGAGGCUCUGAGGGUGGCUCGUGCUGCUCUUGCGGACCCGGAAACGCUGGACCUCAAGGACCCGCUGGAGACGAUGGACAGCCCGGACAGCGCGGUCUUGAUGGCCAGCCCGGACCCAACGGAGAUGAUGGAGCCGAGGGCAACGGAGGAGGCUGCGACCACUGCCCCCCACCCCGCACCGCUCCCGGAUAU